GCGGAGGCACGCCCCUAGCGGGAGGGAGCGCGGCGGCGCGCGCGCGCGCGCUCACAGCCCUCCCCGGUGACGUGCCUGGCCGAGGCCGCGCUAGGGCGCUGUAGCUGCCAGUGCCGCUGUCAUGGCGUCGGAGGCGCUGGCUGAGGAGCACCGGCCGCGGUCUCUAUAGAGCGAGGGGCGGGAGGCCCGGCAUGGAGAGCGGCCCCGAAAGUCUGCAGCCGCUAGAAGACAGGGUGGCGGCCGGGCCAGCGCCAGGGACAGGUUCUCUGCAGGAAGGGCAACCGGAGACAAGGCUCGCAGCUGGGGAUGGUCCUGGGGUAUGGGCGGCGGAGAGCGGCGGCGGGAAUGGGCAGGGGGCGGCGGCUGCCGAGCGGAGCCUCCCGGACUCGGCUUCUCCCGCCGGCUCUCUUCAGGUUCCCGGACCCUGCAGCUUCUUCGCGGACUUGGGCGUGCAGGAAAGCGCUUUGGAGAGUCUUGCUGCCGCCAGGCCACCUCUGAGAGGGCAGCACAAGGUGACCGCCUCCCCGGAGACAGCCGAGGCCGGAGUCGGUCAUGGGUUGGGUCCGGCUGGAGACGCGGGAGCCCGCCCGGAUCCUGCCGGCACCUGCCGGACAGAGCUGGCGACCUCUGGCUCCGAAGAUCCCAGCAGCGCGGGCGGCCUCAGCAGCAGUUGCAGCGACCCAAGCCCUCCUGGGGAAUCGCCGAGCCUGGACUCCCUGGAGUCGUUUUCUAACCUGCAUUCUUUCCCCAGUAGCUCUGAGUUCAAUAGUGAGGAGGGAGCGGAGAACAGGGUCCCAGAGGAGGAGGAGUGCGCGGCGGCGGCGGUGCCUGGGGCUGUCCCUCUCUGCCAGGAGGAGGAGGCGGAGACCGCUCAGGUGCUGGCGGCCUCCAAGGAACGCUUCCCAGGACAAUCUGUGUAUCACAUCAAGUGGAUCCAGUGGAAGGAAGAGAACACACCCAUCAUCACCCAGAAUGAAAAUGGACCCUGCCCUUUGCUGGCCAUCCUCAAUGUUUUGCUCCUGGCCUGGAAGGUGAAACUUCCACCGAUGAUGGAAAUCAUAACUGCUGAGCAGCUGAUGGAAUAUUUAGGAGAUUACAUGCUUGAGGCAAAGCCAAAAGAAAUUUCAGAAAUUCAACGUUUAAAUUAUGAACAGAAUAUGAGUGAUGCUAUGGCAGUUUUGCACAAACUACAGACAGGCCUGGAUGUAAAUGUAAAAUUCACUGGUGUCCGAGUGUUUGAAUAUACACCAGAGUGCAUAGUAUUUGAUCUGCUUGAUAUUCCUUUGUACCAUGGGUGGUUAGUAGAUCCUCAGAUUGAUGACAUUGUCAAAGCUGUUGGUAACUGCAGCUACAACCAACUUGUGGAGAAGAUCAUCUCUUGUAAGCAGUCAGACAGUAGUGAGCUGGUUAGCGAAGGCUUUGUAGCUGAGCAAUUUCUAAAUAACACAGCCACUCAACUGACAUACCAUGGAUUAUGUGAACUAACUUCAACGGUUCAGGAAGGAGAACUUUGUGUGUUCUUUCGGAAUAAUCAUUUUAGCACCAUGACCAAAUACAAGGGUCAGCUGUAUUUGCUGGUAACAGAUCAGGGGUUUCUUACCGAAGAAAAAGUUGUUUGGGAAAGCCUACACAAUGUAGACGGUGAUGGAAACUUCUGUGACUCAGAAUUUCAUCUGCGGCCUCCUUCAGAUCCUGAAACUGUAUACAAAGGACAACAAGAUCAGAUAGAUCAGGACUAUCUUAUGGCAUUAUCUCUACAACAAGAACAGCAAAGCCAAGAGAUC